GCUACAGGAUCGACUCCACUGUCUUUGACCUGAACGUGGACGGCUUAGCUUACAACCCUAACAUGGCUGGCAGCUUCUACAACCUCAACAAGGCUCCUAACUACCUCUUGCUGUUGGUCCCCCUUUACAGCUUUUUGAUUUUGGAGAUUGGAGGUCAUGGCCAGACAGCGACGCCAUUCUCUUUCACAGGAGCCAACGUAACCAUAACCAACAACGAGGAGCUGAGGAUAGUGAUGGUGGGGAAGACUGGAACUGGGAAGAGCGCCACCGGAAACACCAUCCUGGGUCGAGAGUGUUUCGAAUCAAAGUUCAGCGCCAAGUCGAUGACUGUGGAGACUACGAAGGGUAAUGGUACAGUAGACGGUCAGAAGGUUGCUGUUAUCGACACCCCGGGCUUCUUUGACACCAGAUAUGAGCUGGAGAAAACAGAGAAAGACAUCGCUAAGUGCAUCAUGUAUGCUGCUCCUGGACCCCACGUGUUCCUGGUGAUCAUCAGACUGGGCAGAUACACUGCAGAGGAGAUGAACACGGUGCAGAGGAUUCAGGAGAUCUUCGGCCAGGCAGCAGACAGAUACAGCAUGGUCCUCUUCACUCACGGGGACCUGCUUGAAGGUACCACCAUUGAGGACUUUUUGGCUGAAAGCCCCGAACUGCAGGAACUCGUGGCCAGAUGUAACGGGCAGUACCACGUCUUCAACAACAAGAACAAGGAUUGUUUUCAGGUCCCUGAGCUGCUCCAGAAGAUCCGAAGUAUGGUCCAGAAGAACGGAGGGAGCCACUACACCAACGAGAUGUUCCAGGAGGCCGAGAGGGCCCUGGAGGAGGAGAGACAACGCAUCCUGAAGGAGAAAGAAGAACAAAUACGCAAAGAAAGAGAGGAGCUGGAGAGGAAAGUCAAGGCUCUGUAUGAGGAGCAGAUGAAGAAGAUGACAGAGCUAUUCCAGGCUGAGAGAGAAAGUGAGAGGAAGGAGAGAGAGGAGGAGAGGAGGAGGGAGAGGGAGGAGAUGGACAAGGAGAGAGAGAGGGAGAGACAGGAGAGGGAGGCAGAGAGGAGGAGAGAGAGACAGGAGAGGGAAGAAGAGAGGAGACGGAUGAAGGAGAAGUAUGACAAUGAUCUCGAAGUGAAGAGGAGAGAACUAGAGCGCAGACGUAGGACCAGGGGCAGAGGGGAAGCCGUAUCCUCCAACCCCUUUGUUCUUCUGCUGGUGUCAGUGAUUGGAGGUCUGUUCGGAUGCUUGUUUGGUUGACAGUAUUUUUUCUCAGUUUAUUUUGAGGAAGCCAGGCUUAAACCUGACCUUAUUAAACCUUGCGCUGGAGGCUGGCCAAUCAGAGGAUAUAGCACCAGUCAGCCCAACCCCUUUAAAAGCCUGGACUGCCAAUAUUUGGAGUGCAGCUUCAUUUUGUUUCAGCUCGCCGCUGUACCUCUUGUGUCUGUUCUUAUUUUUUUGUGAUUACAUUUGUCUAGACACUUGUUUCAAUUAAUGGGUCAGGUAAUAGUUUAGUUUUCAGCAGACAAAUUCACACGUAGAUUUUGUUAUGUCUGUUUAGACACACAAGGUUACAGCGUGCUGUUAUUUGUUGUUAGCUUUGGUUAGUAAGUGUAGUUAGUUAGGAUUUAACAUCAUUGCUUUUUUUUAAAGUAGUUAGUGUGUAAACAGGGCUCUCCUGGCCAAAGUGAGGCCUUAGGCAGACUCUGAUAUGAGGCCCCCACUGCCCUCACCACCACCGACCACCAUCGCCCCAAUACUCACACAAAAUAACUUUAUGACAUAUUAUUAUAACAAUUAAUAGAAAGUCCUUGAAAUUUAGCCUGAGUUAGAUGAGUUAAUCGAUCACAAAUGGCGCUAAUGUCCAAAAAUAAGGUAUCUGCAGGGUUAAUUUACAAAUGUAAAUUAAGGAAAAGUCUGUUUGGUCAAUGUAGAUAUGCAUAACCUGGAUAUUUAAUUUGUUGCACAAUUAUACUUCUUUUGUAAUAAAUAACUUUA